GUCGGUCCCAUCUAGCCGGUCCUUUUCUGGGUGCCAUCGUCCAAACUCUCGCCUCCCCGGGAGCUUGGACAACUGGUUGGGCCACCAACCGUGACCGCGACUGCGACCAAGCAUCAGUUCUUUGUCACCCCUCUCAGUAUUCUUGUCAACAAAGAAUAAUGCUAACUCAGACGUUACAGAAUACCUACUGCCACUUAUAUAACACAACAAGUCCCUUAAUACGCGCUCCCCGCAGUCGCACCCAACACACCCGGUCAAGAUGCAUAUCCGGGAGAUGCUUGCCGAUGCCGAAAGGACGAAGGCCCCGUCCUUCUCCUUCGAGUACUUCCCGCCCAAGACGGCACAGGGUGUCCAGAACCUCUACGACCGCAUGGACCGCAUGUACAACUUUGGUCCCAAGUUCAUUGACAUCACAUGGGGCGCCGGUGGUCGUAUUGCCGAACUUACCUGCGAAAUGGUUGCCCAGGCCCAGGCUUACCUCGGCCUCGAGACGUGUAUGCAUCUCACCUGCACCGACAUGGGUGAGGAGAAGGUGAACAACGCUCUGCAAAGGGCCUACAAGGCCGGCUGCACCAACAUUUUGGCAUUGCGAGGUGAUCCUCCCCGUGAGAAGGAGAGGUGGGAGGCUGCUGAGGGCGGUUUCCAGUACGCUCGGGACUUGGUCGCCCAUAUUCGCAAGUUGUACGGCGACCACUUCGACAUUGGUGUUGCUGGCUAUCCCGAGGGUUGCGAUGACAACAAGGAUGAGGAGUCUCUGCUCGAUCACCUGAAGGAGAAAGUCGACAUGGGCGCGUCCUUCAUUGUCACUCAGAUGUUCUACGACGUUGACAACUUCCUGCGCUGGGUCAAGCGGGUUAGGGAGAGGGGGAUCACAAUUCCUAUUAUUCCUGGCAUCAUGCCCAUCGCCACCUACGCCAGUUUCAUUCGCCGCGCGAACCACAUGAACUGCAAGAUCCCCGAGGAAUGGAUGGCGAAACUCGAGCCCGUCAAGAACGAUGAUGUGGCUGUCCGUGAGAUUGGCAAGACUCUUGUUGCCGAAAUGUGCCGCAAGAUUGUCGACGCGGGUAUCCGCCACUUGCAUUUCUACACCAUGAACCUCGCCCAGGCUACGCGCAUGGUUCUUGAGGAGCUUGACUGGUUGCCUUCGCCCAACCGGCCGCUCAAGCGCGCUCUUCCCUGGAAGCAGUCUUUGGGUUCUGGGAGAAGGGAUGAAGAUGUGCGCCCCAUCUUCUGGCGCAACCGCAACAAAUCCUACAUCACCCGCACCCAAGACUGGGACGAGUUUCCUAACGGCCGCUGGGGUGAUUCGAGAUCUCCUGCCUUCGGUGAGCUUGAUGCCUAUGGUAUUGGCUUGACGGGUUCCAAUGAGCUGAAUCGCAAGAAGUGGGGCGAGCCUCAAACCGUCAAGGACAUCGCCAACCUCUUCGUGCGCUAUCUUAACCAGGAGCUCGAAUACCUGCCAUGGAGCGAGGCCCCUAUCUCGAGCGAAGCUGAGCUGAUCAAGGAUGACCUCAUUGCUCUCAACAACCGUGGCUUGAUCACCAUUAACUCCCAGCCGGCUGUCAAUGGCGUCAAGUCGACACACCCCGUCCAUGGCUGGGGUCCCGCGAAUGGUUAUGUCUAUCAAAAGGCUUAUCUGGAACUCUUAGUCUCUCCAGAACUCUUCCCCGAAAUCAAGCGCCGGAUCGAGGACCACCCCGACAUCACCUACUAUGCCGUAACCAAGUCCGGUAACCUCCACACCAAUGCGCCAUCCGAAGGACCCAACGCAGUUACAUGGGGUGUUUUCCCAGGCAAGGAGAUCGUGCAGCCCACCAUCGUUGAGAGCAUCAGCUUCCUUGCCUGGAAGGACGAGGCCUUUCAACUGGGUCUUGAGUGGGCCCGCUGCUACGACGCCGAUACCCCCAGUCGCCUCCUGAUUGAGGACAUCAUGAACAAGUGGUAUUUGAUCAACAUCGUAAACAACGAUUUCCACCAACCACGCACCAUCUUCGAGAUCUUGAAUGACCUGUCUCUUCCCGAUCUUGAGAAGGUUUACACGCCCGCACAUACGAAUGGUGCAACCAACGGCGUUUCUGAGGCUUCAACAGUGCCUCAAUAAAGGAGAUACGUCCUCUCUUCUUUUACUUUUCCUCCCAACGACAUA